CACAAUCCCGCGUUUACGUUUAAAGCCAAAGUGUUCCAAUAAUAUUCCGUGUCAUCGCUUCUCAUCACAGAAACUCGAGCUGCGAACUGGCCAGGAAUCCACACAGUAAACACGAACGAGACACGACCACAGGCACGGACGACCUAUACCCCCACCCCCUCUUAAAUAACGCCUGCCCACACACGCCCAUUCGCCGAAAAUGGGCGAGGUUACCACGCCCCUUCUGAGCCGUCGCACGUACAUCGUUACAUUCCCGGGCUGAUGUUCCGCUACGGACAGACGUUCGGCCGUGCUGCCGAGGAGAGCAUAACCCAGUACAUAAAGCUGCAGGCGGAGAGGAAGGCCAGAGAAGAGGUGAAAAGAUCCAGAUCGCUGCCGAGGAUAAAAGAAAAGAGAUCGGAUUCUCAGGUCAUACAGGAUUUCUACAACAAGUAUGGUCUGGGUAUAUUAGGAUUGAAGUGCCCUUUCCGCAAGUACCCACAGAGAGCUCCUUACCUCACCUCCGAUCCCGCAGUCACUGCCCAUACCCAGAACUGUCAAAAACAUCUGAUCACUAGAAGACGGGAAUACUUCAGAAAACGUAUCUACAAGGUUAACUUUACUGUUUUAGCAAAGUAG